AUGCAGGUCGAAAAUGCGCUAUUCAAGGUCCAUGCAACUCAAUUAUCACGCUCAUCCAUUGCAUUCGAGGAGAUGUUUUCUGUUGGAGGUCAAUUUCAGCCAAUGGAAGGCAUGGAAGGCUCGAGUGACGACUAUCCAAUUGUCAUCCCCGAACUCAGCAUGAAUAUGUUCGAACUGUUCCUCUCAGUUGCAUACAGCAGUUGGAAACCCGAGGGUCCCACUCAUGAUGAUGUUAUCGACCUUCUUCAGUUCAGCAACAAGUUCAUGAGUCAAAAAGCUCGCGAUGUCGCCAUUAAUCACCUUCAAGAACAUCGAUUUCAACACAAACCAUAUGAACUUCUGGCACUCUGUCUUGAAUUUUCAAUUCAAAAGUUCUUUGUUCCCGCUUUUCGCCGUCUCAUUGAAUUUCGCGUCCGCGAUAUUCCAGGACCAGUGCGAAAGAGACUUGGGUUUGAAGUAUGGAACGCCUUUGUAGAUUUAAAGGAGCUUCUCAACGAGCACUGCCGCAUUGUCGCCUGCGAGGAGCCGCCCAUUAUCGAGCACUCACAAUACUGCACUGACAACACCACAUGUUCCAUUGACUGGCGGCAACUUCCUCAAGAUUUCCGUGACGCUGUCGAGCGCUUCCAGGAGCUUGGGUUCGAAAUCGGAAGGGUGAAUCCAGAGUGCUGGAAGACCCUGCUUCAAACAGUGAAGAAAGGAGCGGCAUUCCAUCUAGCCUUUGAUCUCAUUGAGGAGACGGCUCAGCAGUUGUCGGCAGCUCUGAUCACGGAGCCUGGCCCAAUGUUGACACGUGCAGAGUUGGAUACCUUGGGGCAUCAAUGA